GAGAAGGUCAAAGCCAAUUUCUUCGAUCUAAAUAGCGUCCGGAGAUUGUUGCAGAUAGUUACCAAACCAAGGAAAAACGGUCGAAAAAACUUGAUUUUGGCUUUGGGCAUCGUUGGAAUCAAUGUUACAUUCACAGUUGGCACAGCAGCUGUAAGCAUUUUGUAUGUUCUCCGUAGUCCCUUAUGCUGGCAACCAACUGUACUUGGGUACUUUCUCGCAUACCGGUUCUUUGUGUUAGGUGCAGGGGGUGUCAUUUUUAUCUACGUAUUGAAGAAAUGCUUUAACGAAAUCAAUGUAACGCGUCUUGGUUUUGUCAGCCAAAUCGCUGCAAUGCUACUGUUUGCAUUUUCAACAAAAACCUGGAUGGUUUUUCUGGUCCCGGCCGUGUCUAUCCUUUCUGCAAUUCAAGACCCUGUUUUGUCCAGCAUAGCAUCCAGGAUUGUCACCAAAGAGGAACAAGGGAUUCUGUUUGCCGUUAGUGGGUGUAUUGGCGCCACAGGCGAGCUUGUUGGGAAUGCACUUUUUAACUCACUGUAUCCACUCUCUCUUCAGUUUAAUUUUCCUGGUUUUGUGUUUGUGCUUUGUGCUGGAUGCUCUCUCGUUCUAUUGCUGUGUACCAGUUUAUUUGACGUACAACUUGACAUCCUCAACAAGCAAGAGGUGGACGUCAAUGAAAACAAGCAAGUAGAGACGACUGCACUAUAAACUCCCAAUAUCGGCACUGGAGAGAAACGCAAGCGUGUCUAAACAAAAAUUUGUCAUGUACAAUUCCCUGUCGUAUACGGGAAUCUUAAAUUCAUAAGUUUUAAGAUUCACCAAACCAUUUCCACCGAAGAAGACGACAGUCAGUCGUUGAAACGUUUGCACAAUUUUAAUUUUUUCCACAAUCAGUGACAACUUUAUACACUUAUUAUAUAAACAAAAUGUCAGUUAAUCGUGAACACUUCGUACAAAUGAAAGGCAAUAUUUUUCUUCUUAUAUACUAAAACGUUUUGUAUAUACUUAGUAGGGUAAUAAGAAUAUCAUGCCACUGAGUUAUCGUACAUCUUCCGAGAGUGCGCAGUGCUUUUCUCCCCAGUGUUCCAACGACAAUGUAUGCAGACAUCUAGUAUAAACACAUAUAAAUCAAUAGCUAUAGAUUAUAAUUGAUAGUUAGUAAACUGAUAGUGAAGACAUGUAGGUUAUAGUUUUUACGCAUCGCCUAUAGUUAGGUAAAGACCUUCAUGAAGUCAUAGCAUGUCCUAACUAUAUCAUAUUAAUAACUACUGAGCAUCCCGCUUUACUAAAGUGCAUGAGUUUCAGAUAAAAACAUGUAAUAGUUGUGAGUAGCUAUAAGAGUUUGAAAAUGGGGGCGAGACUAGUGUUGUAAUAGACACACACAAAACUCAAUUUCCAAACAAGCCAAUUUCCUUUUAGAUUGUCCUUCAAUUUUUUAGAAUCUGUUUAUAAAUGGAACUGAGCACUCCAAAAAAAAAAUWAAUCAAUGUUUGAUUGUUGUGAA